UUUGAAAGCUGAUGUCAAGAAAUUGAAUCAUAUCUCUUUUUCAUUCAUAUUUCACAAGUCAAAAAAAACAAAGAAACAUGACUUUAACUGCUAAAAUAGUCCGAGUUGUAGUACUUUUAUUAUUUGUGACGAAGUUUUGUCUAUGUAAAGCAAAAGCAAAAAAUAAAGAGUUUUGCUUAGAUGAUGACGCUGUGAUACAUAGGAUAUUAGAUUUAUCUUAUGUACAAUGUCAAGAAGAAUGUGGUAAGAGGCGACAUUGUAAAGCAAUCAACUACAGGCGGUCAUUUAACCUGUGUGAGCUACUGGGGACCGAUAAAGAACAAGGCAGUAAAGCAGACAAAGUCCAAAGAAAACAAGCGUGCAUAUUUUUGAAGAAAACGGAAAUGUCAGAUAAAGUCAUUAAGGGAUGUGAUUGUCCUGACGGGACGACCUGCAAUCCGGUAACAAAGACAUGCGUAGUAACUGAAUGCUCGAAGAUUGUGGUAACCAAUGCUGAACUGUUCGGUAACAUGCACUCUAUCGGUUCACGUGUGAGAUUCAGGUGUAACAAGGGAUACGUUGAUGUGUCGAACGUAAUGAAUGCUGUUUGUGAAGCAUCCGGUCAAUGGUCAUACAAACCAAACUGUAUCAGAGAUUGCGGUACAGCCCCAAACAUUGAAAACGCUCAUGUGAUAAGUGGUGGUGAUAUAACGACAGAGGGCGCAGUUGUUCAAUACCAAUGUUUGUCAGGGUAUACAUUCAACGGCAAUCCGGGUACCUUGACGUGCACAGCAGACGGAAUAUGGUUUGACCAAGCUAAUGUCGUCUGCAAUCAAGAAGAGGACGAUUAAGAGAUGGACGAUCAACAAUAACUUGAAAAGGAACAAUACACACUUUCUUUUACCAUUUCGGGUACAUUUUACGUCUACAAAUUCUUUACAGAUUAGAAUUCACAGUACACCUAGACGAUCUUUCGCCUUUAAAUUUUUCAUCUGUUCAUUCAUUUUAUAUUCCACGAUCAAUAAACUCUAAUAUUUUCAACGCAUUAGACUUUCCCCUAUAAAACAUACCAUUCUAAAGAAAUAUAAUAUCACUCAUACAAAUUAUCCUCAUAUAUCAUGAGUGUAUACUUCUAAUAAUAUGUGUAAUUCUAAGAGAUGCGGAUGUUGUAACUUUUUAUCGCACAGAUCUACAAAUAACCUCUAUUGUCAAUGAGAGAACAUUUAAUAUUAUUUUAAAUACAGAUAUUGACUGAAAAGCAACUCAUUUUGUUUAUGUUUUAACUUGAAACACCCCUGGGUGCGGCAUACAGUAUGUUGGUCAGACAGGACGUUCUCUUAAAAUUCGAUUCCGUGAACGUUUUUUAUAAAAUGAGAAAUCGCACAAAAUUUACAACUUUUCUAUAUUAACAUUUUCGUAAAGAUGGUCAUUCAUUUUAAAAAUGUUUCAA